AUGUGGCGCCCGGACCUGAGACCCUGGGUCUCCCUGCUGCUGGCGGACUUGGCUUUGCUCUGGCUGCUACAGGGGCCCCUGGGGGCCCUGCUUCCCCGCGGGCUCCCCGGCCUGUGGCUGGAGGGCGCCUUGCGGCUCGGUGGACUUUGGGGGCUGCUGAGGCUGGGAGGGCUGCUGGGGUGUGUGGAAGCGCUGCUGCCCGCCCUCUGCCUGGUGAUCCCCCUGUUUCUCUCCCUGCGGGCUCUGGUCCCCGGGGCCUUGAGCGCCCCUCCGCUCAGAGUGGCUGCAGCGCCCUGGGCCUGGCUGCUGCUGGGCUAUGGGGCGGUGGGGCUGAGCAGCGCCCUGUGGGCCGCGCUGAGCCUUCCAGGAGCCAAGGCGGAGGGGCAGGGCCAGAACAGAGUCUUGAUGUGGCGGCUGCUGAAGCUCUCCUGGCCUGACCUGCCUUUCCUGGUUGCUGCCUUCUCCUUCCUCUCUCUGGCCGUGUUGGGUGAGACCGUGAUCCCUUACUAUUCUGGCCGUGUGAUUGACAUCCUGGGGGGCGACUUUGAUCCCGAUGCCUUUGCCAGUGCCAUCAUUUUCAUGUGUCUCUUCUCUUUUGGGAGCUCACUGUGUGCAGGCUGCCGAGGAAGCAUCUUCCUCUUCACCAUGUCCAGAAUCAACCUGCGGAUCCGGGAGAUGCUUUUCUCCUCCCUCCUGCGCCAGGACCUCCCUUUCUUCCAAGAGACUAAGACAGGGGAGCUGAAUUCCCGGCUGAGCUCAGAUACCAAACUGAUGAGUUCUUGGCUUCCUUUUAACACCAAUGUGAUGUCUCGAAGCCUGGUCAAAGUGCUGGGACUUUAUAGCUUCAUGCUCAAACUGUCACCUCGACUCACCUUCCUCUCUCUGUUCGAGGUGCCUCUCAUGAUAGCGGCUGAAAAGGUGUACAAUGCCCGUCAUCAGGCAGUCCUUUGGGAGAUCCAGGAUGCUAUGGCGAAAGCUGGGCAGGUGGUACGGGAGUCUGUUGGAGGGCUGCAGACUGUGCGCAGUUUUGGAGCCGAGGAGCAAGAGGUCCGUCGCUAUAAGGAGGCCCUUGAACGAUGCCGGCAGCUGUGGUGGCGACGGGACCUGGAACAGGCCCUCUAUGUGCUCUUAAGGAGGAUGCUGCACUUGGCGAUGCAGGUGCUCUUGCUGAACUGUGCGCUGCAGCAGAUCCUGGCCGGGAACCUCACCCGAGGUGGGCUCCUCUCCUUCCUGCUCUACCAGGAGGACGUGGGCAACUACAUGCAAACCCUGGUGUACAUAUUUGGGGACAUGCUGAGCAACGUGGGGGCAGCUGAGAAGGUGUUCUGCUACCUGGACCGAAAGCCAGAUCUGCCUCCACCGGGUACUCUGGCCCCAUCGACUCUGCAGGGCCUGGUGAAUUUCCAGAACGUCUCCUUUGUGUAUCCCAGUCGCCCUGACCAGCCUGCGCUCCAGGGUCUGACGUUCACCCUGAGUCCUGGGCAGAUGACGGCGCUGGUGGGGCCCAACGGGUCUGGGAAGAGCACGGUGGCCGCGCUGCUGCAGAAUCUGUACCAGCCCACUGAGGGCCGGGUGCUGCUGGACGGGGCGCCGGUCUCCGAGUAUGAGCACCGCUACCUGCACCGUCAGGUGGUCUUGGUCGGGCAGGAGCCCGUGCUGUUCUCGGGCUCGGUGAGAGACAACAUCACCUACGGCCUGAAGGGCUGCAGCGACGAGAAGGUGCUGGCGGCGGCCCGCGCGGCUCGCGCGGAGGAGUUCAUCCGCGCGCUGAAGCUCGGGCUCGAUACAGAGGUGGGGGAGAAAGGCAGCCAGCUGGCGGUGGGGCAGAAGCAACGUCUGGCCAUCGCCCGGGCCCUCGUGCGGGACCCCCGCGUCCUCAUCCUGGAUGAAGCCACCAGUGCCCUGGACGUGGAGUGUGAGCAGGCGCUGCAGGACUGGAGAGCGCACGGGGCCCGCACGGUGCUGGUGAUCGCUCACAGGCUGCAGACGGUUCAGAGCGCCGACCAGGUCCUGGUGCUGAGGCAGGGCCGGCUGCAGGGCCCCGAGCAGCUCGUGGACGGAAUGAGUCCUAGCUGGGUUCCCUGGGUGGUGGCCUUCUUAUCCACUCUUCUCACGCUGGAUGCUUCUGUGACUCAGGGCAGAAAUUCUCCAGAAGAUUUUGUGACCCAGGCAAAGGCUGACUGUUACUUCACCAAUGGGACAGAGAAGGUGCGGUUUGUGGUCAGAUUCAUCUUUAACCUGGAGGAGUAUGCACGUUUCGACAGCGACUUGGGGAUGUUUGUGGCCUUGACGGAGCUGGGGAAGCCUGACGCUGAGCUGUGGAACAGUCGGCCGGAUAUACUGGCGAGGAGCAGAGCCUCUGUGGACAUGCUCUGCAGACGCAACUACAAGCUGGGCGCACCCUUCACCGUGGGGAGGAGAGUACAGCCAGAGGUGGCAGUGUAUCCGGAGAAGACCCCAGCCCUGCAGCACCACAGUCUGCUGCUUUGCUUGGUGACGGGCUUCUACCCAGGGGACAUCGAGGUCACCUGGUUCCGGAAUGGGCAGGAACAGAGAGAGGGGGUCAUGCCCACUGGCCUCAUCAGGAAUGGAGACUGGACCUUUCAGACGACGGUGAUGCUGGCCGUGAUGCCUGAGCUUGGGGAGGUCUACACCUGCCGUGUCAACCAUCCCAGCUUGCCAAGUCCUGUUUCUGUGGAGUGGAGAGCUCAGUCUGAAUAUUCUUGGAGAAAGAUGCUGGGUGGAGCUGCAGCCUUCCUGGUCGGGCUAGUCUUCUUUUUGGUGGGAAUUGUCAUCCACAUCAGAGCCCGGAAAGGACGUGUGGUGACUCCGUUGCUUGGCAAUGAGGUUCCAAGAGCAGUGCUUCCACCACAGUCGCACUAG